AAGAUCAGGACCCCUGGGUGCCUGAGAGAAGAAUCUGCUGCAGUUCUAGGAAGAGGGACAGGGACAGAUGCCAAAUAGGGCAGAGGGCCAGUGGGCUGGUCCAGGUGGCAAGCUGCAAGAAAGGCAUGCAAGGUAAAGGGUUUGGCCCUGCAAGUCCUGCCAAGCCUGUACUCAGGGUGAAGAGUCAAUCUCUGGUCUAGCAGUCUGAGGGUAGCCCUUGGCACAUUGUGAGGGAGAGCUGCAGCAUCAUUGUGACCCACUCACUCACGCUCAGGAACCUCUGAGUCAGGUAGGUGGGCUGGUGGAUGCUGGGCAGAGUAGGCUGGGGGUCUAAGGACCCUGGUGGCCCUAGAGACCACCAUGGCCAUGGCUGAGCAUCCACAGCCUGGGUGGGCCUUGUAUCACAGCCCCACCAACAACAACUGCCAGGACGUGGGCAAUUCUAUCCUACUGCUAUUGGGUCUCAUCAUCUGCAUUAACAUUGGCAUCAAUAUGGUGACCCUGCUCUGGAGCCGAGUCCGUGUCAUCUUACACCGAAUGUUCCAUAUCAUCUGUGAGAAAGAAACUGCUAAGUCAUCCUCACUUGGGAAACCAACCAAGCUGAAGAAGCAGAGCUCCCCUGCAGUCCAUCUUCGAUGCACUAUGGACCCUGUGAAAAUGACCAUGACCCCUCUAUCCACUCGUCAUCAUCGCCAUCGAGCCUCUCCAUUGUUCUGUGCCUACCACCCACUAGCUUGGACCCCUGAUACUGAGGAUGAAAAGCCCCCAAAUUGGAACCCAACAAUCUGUACCCACCACUGGAAAGGCCCCAAAGACUGGGGAGGUUUCCAACACACACCAGAGACCUGGGAUUCCUGGACUCAGGACACUCUGGAGCUACCUCCCCAUACUAUCUGCUUCCAGCAAACUGUAGAGAAAAAGCCACUCAAAACAGAGAUCCAGUCCGAGCAGAGCCUAGAGGCCUAUGUAUAUCCGGUAAACCCCUCACCUCCUUGUGGGGAGGCUGUGAACCACAAGAACACUAGGGCAGGGGGAGAGGCUGAGGCCACACAGAGUCACCCUGCCCCACCACCCUUCCUGGGCCCAGCAAUCAUCCCUGAAAUCCCCCGGCGACGGUCCUCGGGCCGUACAGUGUAUGAUGCCCGAGAUGUGAGACGGCGGCUUCAGGAACUGACCCAGGAGGUGGAGGCCUUGUCCCACUGCUACCCCUUUGUGUCUGGAUCCAGCACUGCUGAGGGGACAGGCAAGGACUGGGUGUAUCAUUCUGUGGCAGGGAGGUGACAGGGGAAAAAAUAAAAAGGAGAGAGGAGGUAAUUCAUGGUGGUGUGUGGGGGUGGGAGGCAGGGCCCACACUGCACCCACAAGCCCUGGUUGCUAAGGGAAUGAUCUCUUUGGCAACAGGACCUAAAGAGUCCUGGGAACCUUCAUCAAACUGUUACCCGCACAGGCCCUGUCCUUGGCUUUCUUGAUUCCAAGUUUUCUACCUCCCUCCUCUGUUUUUUGCAUACUGCCUCCAAAUCUGGCCCCAGAUCUUCAAACACUUUUGCAUUAUAGGAGAGAAUUCUACCCCCAUGACCCUAGCUCCUCACAAGUCUGGUCCUUGCCAGACCCCAAGGGGAAUCAUGGUUCCCUCUUACAUCCUUUGGGUGGAGGAGGAAAGGGUCUCUAGUCCCUACAGUCAAGACCUAAAGCUCCUGCACCCUUAUGCAAGCUUGAAGCAGAAGGUGAAAUAUUGGGAACACUCUUAAGAGUUGCUUCACCAUAACAUCACAUCUCUCUGUGACCUUGUUCCUAUCCAUGUCACAAAGCAGAGGCAGGUUCAAAAAGACCAAGUGAUUCGAUCCCCGGUACCAAAAAAACCCCAAAAAACAAAAAAGGCCAAGUGACUUGCUCAUGGUCAUAGAUACAAGGGACCUAGUUCAUGGUCCCCAAUGUUUCAUCCCUCUGCUCCUGCAGGUAGAUAUAUUCCCACUACCACCAAGUCAGACUAGCCUACCAGCAUCUCUAACCUGCUUCAGUUUACCAGUGAUUUCAUCAGAAUAUUCCAUCCCUAGGCAACAAAGGAACUUGAGCCCUACUCUACUCCUAGAGAUUGCACAUGCAUGUGCAAACAUAGGGCUUGGGAAUAAGGAGUCAUGUGAGUGAGGCCAGGCUAAAGGAGCUGGACCUUACCUUCCAUACGAGACAGAUUCCAGGAAUGUGAGCAGACUUCUGUGAAUCACCCUACUUCUCUGUUCAUUUACAUUCAACUAAUGUUAUUAAUCAUUUUAACUGAUUCCAUUCAGUGGGUACAUAUUGAGUUUCUACUAUGUGCUUGAAGGCUUGAUGGCAAAUACUUAUUGCCCAUUCCUGCAUUUCUGAGUAGUUUACUGUGUGAACAAAUUACUUGCCAUCCUCAGAGUGCCACUUUCACAGAUUCCAGUGACAAAUCUAGUUUCCAUGGAAGAUUCCUUUUGUCAUAUCAACAAGUACAUCUAUUUUGCUGGGUGUGGCAGUACACACCUAUAAUCCUGCUACUCAGGAGGCUGAGGCAAGAAGAUCGCCACAAGUUUGAAGCCAGUCUGGGCUACAUGUUGAGACUCUCUUCUCUCAAGAUAAAUCAAAACAAAUUACAUCUAUUUUAUGCUUUGUUAAUUUCAUGUGGUUUUCUUAAGAUGGCCCCUGCCAGUUUUUCAACUUGAAGUAGCUGUGAGUCAGUGAAAGGAUAGUUGGUUUGGAAGGAGGGAAACCAUAGCUGGGAUUGGUCUCUAGCAGGGGCAGGAAUCUCAGCAAGGCGGAGCCCAUCAGCUGAAGCAAAGCAGCCAAUUGGCUCAAGCACCUCCAGUGCCUAGGGCUGCAAUCCUUGGUUUAGAAGGGUUGGGGAAAGAUAAGUGUUAGAGGAAUAAUGACAGGGAAAUCAUCAGGACAGGGAGGAAUUGGUAUAGCAGAAUGAUUGCAGAGGAAACUCUUGCUGUCACCCAUCAUCACCUUAGCUCCUAUCCCCAAACUAGGCAUGGGAUGGGGUACACCAACAGGCUACAUAGUUUGCCAUAAUGACUCAAAAGAGCAAUGACAAGCCAGGUGUGGUGGUACUUGCCUGUAAUUCCAGA